AUGCGAUGCGCGAGCAAGGCCGCCGAGAGCGCGUCCGCACGUCUCUGUGCGGACGCCGAAGCAGAAACUACAGCAACUGAUGUCUCAUCGGUUGCUGAAUCGACCCAGCCUGUGUCACUUGGUGAUGCAGGUGCUGGUCAUGAAGAUACUCAUGUCUUCACAGAGUACGAGCUCGGUGUCUCGUACUCUCCUGAUACGGAAGACGGAUCCGUAUCGACGGCGAUCGAAUCUAAGCCGCCUGCCAAGCGUGGCAUGGAUGAUGCUUUGCGUCGCAGCAUCUUUGGUUCAUCUGAUGAAUCAGAUGAACCAUCGCCGAAGCGUAGGCGCUCGAGGUCGCGAGACUCGGGCGCUAACAGUGGUGUCGGUUCUCCUAUGGACACCACUUCACAGCGAGGUGCCAGUACUUCUGUCGGCACGUCGCAGGAAGAGCGGGACCGCAAUGUGUUGCGUCUCGCUCCUGAAAAGAAGGCAUGGAUGCCUCCAAAAUCCGUCAUGGAUCACUUGUCGGCGACGACGAGUGAUCGUUAUCGAACACGAUUGUUCGAUUCGUCAAGGAUCCAUCACCUUGACCCCAGCGCGAAAGACUAUCGCGCUGAACAUGAGUUCUUCAUCGAUGCUUUCUUUAGACACCGAUGGUACAGUGGGAAUCACAAACGUGAUGGUCCCUCACUGCUUCAGGCGUGGUACGCCUACAUCCAUAACCUUGAGGAUGUAGUUCGUGACGCUUGGAACGACAAACUUAUCAAAGCUCGUGAUAAGUUUGAAAAGCGAACCCCGACAGGUGCACGCUACAAGCUGCAUCGUCUGUCAAGGGAGAAAGGAUUACCCUGCCUCUCUUGGGGAGACUCGUGCCCAUGUUGUGUGAACAACUCUGCACGAGCACCUAAGGAGGCCUACCUCCUUACUAGCCCGUGGUGGCGCGUACGUAUCUCUACUGAGAUGUACGAAGGGAUUGACAACCUGAAAUCCCUUUACGACCGUGCCGGGAAGACUUUCUCCAGCGGUCCUUCUGCGGCACAGGAUGUGCCGCGUCGUACUGCUCAACCAGACCCAGUACGUCGAUCAUCAGUUGGGAGCGGGGCUCCCAAGAAAAUCCAGGACGGGGGAUAG